GCGAUUACGUAGCCAACCGACUUGGAACCCGCCUGGGCUGCCUUCUUUUCACCCCCUCAUCGCUCACCACACUGUCUCCAUCACGGGUUUACCAGCCACCUACAACGAUUAUCUCAACUCUUUUUCAUCCAUCUGCGCCCACUUUCGACGCCUUGCAACUUGCCAAGCUGCCUAAGGAUUCAUCGCCUGCUCCGUAACUACCCUCAUUAAAAGUCCUUUUCGCAACUCGAUUCUUGAUCGGCUUCCGACAAUUCUUUCUAUCUCGAAACCCCGAAUUGAUCUGACCGCGAUUUAAGAAUCGCUACGACCCGACCCUUUGCCGUGGUUCCGGUUCUCCGCUGGGCCACAAACACCUCAUCAUUUGGCUUCGUUUUUCCCUUGUGACCCCCGCAAUCGACACAGACCAUGUCUUACUACGGCGGCGACGACAGACCUCGACGAGCGAGGAGCACACGGGAGCGAUCACGAAGAGAUGACAAUGAUGGCACAGUCUACGACGAGAACGUCCGAGAUACCCGCAUUAUCAAACGCCGGGAUGACAGUGUCUCAUCAGUCGAGGAAGUCAACAGAGACUUUGAACCAGGCGGCGGUUAUUACCGCGAGACAACCGUGCGCAAGAGCGGCCAUCGUCCGAUUCGUACAAAAUCAGAUGAUGACCGUUGGUUCGACGAUCGCUACGAUGAUUCUACCUACGUCUCUCGAAGACGGCGCGACGAUGACUAUACCGUUGCUACCGGUCGCAGUCGCAAAGAUCGAGACUAUGACAAAAGACGCCGCUCCAGACGCCGUGACGAUUCGUAUGACUCUUACUCUUCGCGCAGCCGCACGCCGCCAAAGAAAGAGCGCAGAAAAUCUACAACCGAAGAGGUGCUAGGUUCCUUAGGUCUCGGUGGUCUCGCAGGAGCAGUCCUGGGAAAGAACCGAGAUCGAUCGAGGUCCAGCGAGCGUAGUCGUCAUCGAAGCCGAAGCAGGGCAGGCGGUCGUCGUCAUUCAUCGUCCGACACAUCAAAACGUCGAAGCAAGAGCCGCGGCAAGAUCAGAAAUGAACAAGUCUCCCAAGCUAUCAAAGCAGCCGUGCUGGCUGGUGCUGGUGAAGCCUUUCGCUCUCGCAAGGAACCAGGUAGCUGGGGUGGUGACAAAGGCAAACGAAUCUUGACUGCCGCUCUCGCUGCCGGAGGCGUUGACGGCUUGAUCUCGAACAAGGACGACCCUCAUCACCACAACAAGCGUGAUAUUGUGGGUUCGGCCAUUGCCGGUUUGGCUACCAACCGCAUCGUCAACGGUCCUCGCUCCAAAUCCCGCGGCAGAGGUGGUAGCGACGACCGCCGCGGUCGAAGCCAGUCCCGCGGAGGCAUCGGUGACCUCGCUGCCGGCGGUGUUGUUGCGGCUACUGCAAAAAAAGUCUAUGAUUCGAUGAGGUCUCGCUCCCGUGGUCGUGCUCGCUCUCGAAGCUCUUCAUACGACAGCCGCUACGAUAGCCCUCCACGUCAAAAGAGAAGUCGUAGCGUCUCUCGCGUUGCCGCCAAAGGCCUUGCAGCCCUGGGCUUAAAGGACGCCGCAGACAAGGUCGACCCUGAACGUCGCGCUUCUUCUCGUCAUUAUGACGACUACUAUGAUGAUGGACGAUCGAGUCGCAAUGGAGGAUAUUAUAAUGAUUCCAGAGAUGUAGGUACCACUCACCCCCAACCAGGUCAUCCAAAUGGCGGUCCCCGUUCCAUGAGCCUGCCCCGAGGGCAUCCUCCUGGUUACGAGCUGGAUUACGGACCGCGUCAUACCGGUGACCCAGACACAGACUCCGAUUCUGACCUCGGCUCCAGUUCAGACGAUGAGAAACAGAUGAAGAAGGGGAAAAAGAAGAUGUUUGUCACGGGAGGUCUUGCUACCGUGGCAACUAUCCAUGCAGCCCACAACGUCUAUCAGAGCAUGGAGAAAAGAGAGGCGCGACGAAAGGCGUUACGUGAGGGUGAUAUUAGUCGACAGGAAGCAAAAGCAGAGAAAAACAAGGCGAGAUUACAAGAUGUUGCUAGUAUCGGCAUUGCGGCGUUGGGUCUCAAAGGGGCUUACAGUGAAUGGAGGGAGAUGAAGGAAUUCAAUCAAGCAAGGCGGGAGCAGGCGGAGAAAAUCGAACGACACAAACAGAAACGAGAGGCCCGAAGACGAAAGAUGAGCAUGCUCGCAACCCACGACUACGCCAACAGCAAUUUCACCGGCAGUAUGCCCAAUCUUGCCACUUACGGUCAAGAUGUCUAUCAUCCCAAUGGCGCGCCUCCCUUCGCUUCUGCAACGGACGUUCCACACUAUACCGAUGACAAUCCCUAUGGAGCAAUAUCACAGACAGCAGCUCACUAUGCUCCCGCUCCUCCUCCUCCACAACCCACUGGUUUUCCUCCUCCGCCGAUAGGUGUUCCGCCUAUUGGGACGAACUAUCCAAUCCGUUAAAGAGCAAGCUGGAAUUUCCGAGCAUUGAGCAGCUGUUUUGGCGCCAACGACACCCCUUACCUGCGCACGAAUCCUAAAUCACGACUGACCUUCAAUACCUUGCAUACUAGCAUUCGGUUGCGGAAGGUGGCGUUUUCGCUUGCAAGCCAAGCAAUUGGCUACGACAUUAUGAUGACUGCUAAUGAUUGUGUGAUGCAUUUGGCUGAAAUAAGACACGAAAUGAGAAUGAAUGAUUAAUGAAAUGAGGAUCCUGCUUUCAUCUCUGUUAGCUGCUAGAAUUUGUGUUGUAACCCUAGGUUCUGCGUUUGGUCUUGAUAUUCUCUGACCAAG